AUGCGGGGCAGGCCGAAAGACAGAAUUCAAGGUGUUUCUCCUCCCGCCUGCUCGGACGGGCUAUUUCCUCUUUCUACUCGUGCGUCCGUCUUCAUCCGGCCCGCUUGUGUGUGUGUGUGUGUGUGUGUGUGCGUGCGUUGUGUAUGUAUAUGUCCGCCACUCAAAGGGGAGAUCAUCAGACAAUAUGGCUUCAGCCCACUCUUUGUCCCAGUUAACGGACAAAUUGGAGUAAAACUGCGUCAGACCAUCGAUUUUCCUGCAAGGAAGGAAUCAUGGGGCCAGACGACCGAGAAGCGAAUGGAAUGCUCUCGAAAAGGCCGCUGUGUCUGUUUAUACACUUGCUCACUUGCUUGUCUCUCUUUAUGUCUGCCUGCCUGUGUGCGUGCAUGCAUGCGUGUCUACUUGUGGGUCUGCAUGCGUAUUUACGUGCUUCCACGUAUGGAGAGCGAAAAUCCAUUCGGUCAAGGUCAGACAUACCAAUCGGUGACCUUGACGAUGGCAGAUCCAUCGGCCGGUGUGUUCAAGGUCUGUACACCGACGACGAUGCCGCGACUCGGAGAUGAGUUCGAGUCUUUAAUGAGCGCUAAAAGUUGGGAGCAAAGCCCUAAUUAA